UCUAAUCAACUAUUAGUUAAUUAAUUACGGAGUAGUGAUAAUCCCCGGAGCUCAUCUCCAUCUCCUCUUCCGCUUCCUACUCCUACUCCGUCGCAAUCCGCCGCCUCCAAAAAGCAUCCACCUGUACCCACAAACGGAAGCAAAGAUUCCAACUUUCGAUCGAGAGCCUCGCCGUCGAUUCCCCCACCUCGGCUGAGCCCGGAUUCCGAGGCAGCCCCCCCAUGGCGGGAGCCGAGCGACCCUACUACCCGCCGCGGCCCACGGACGGCGGCUCCGGCCAGCCCGCCGGCUGCGACUCGCCGAUGAGGUGGGACGACGACGACGAAGACCACGGUGGCGGCGGCGGCGAUGGCAUGACCGCCGUUGCGGGAUUCAACCUGUUCGAGGAAGAAUCAGAUGACCCUCCUGCCAAAAAUGGCGUGGUCGACGAUCCUGAUACUACCACUACAAGUGAUUGCAACACUGAUAUGAGUGAGGAUCUUGUAAAGAGGGAAGAAGGGAUGAACUUCCAUUGUGAUCCCCCGCUUCACGAACAUACUGGCAUCUGGGUGCCUGUUUCUGUCCCGCCAAUGACCAAACGCGAUCACGAGGAGUGGCAUAAGGGCUUUGGUCAUAAUGGUGACUACUUUCCAGAAGACGAAUUUAACUGGGAGAUAGAUGAAGAGAACAAGGAGAUGACGAUGUGGGAUGUAUUUUCUGAGAUGGUUGUUGCGGCAAAGGAUAAGGUAAUAUCAGUUGCAUCGUAUGAUCUUGGGAGACGUGGUAUGUCUAUGUUGUCCAAGUUUUUCUUCCAAGAAGCUUGGAAGGAUAUGGCCCAAACACUUGCAGAUGCCAAUGCUGGCAUUGCGAAUGAGCUCCUAGAGACUGAACGAACAAUAUGGUUACCUGACAGCGCUGCCAGCGCCUGCAUGCUCUGUAACGUGCGUUUUCAUCCGAUAAUGUGCUCUCGACAUCAUUGUCGUUUCUGUGGUGGUGUGUUUUGUGGUGGUUGUUCAAAGGGUAGAAGCUUGAUGCCACCGAAAUUUAAUACUUCAGAACCUCAAAGGGUUUGUGAUGUUUGCGGGGUACGUCUAGAGAGUAUUCAACCUUACUUGAUAAAUCGGAUCAGUCGUGCUUCACAACCUCCAACUCAUGAUGUCACUGAUCUGAGUACAUUGAGGUCGUGGCUGAACUUCCCUUACGCACACACAAUGGAAUAUGAGAUCUACAAGGCUGCAAAUUCUUUGAAUAGUUACUGUAAGGUGGGAAGACUGAAACCAGAAAAGGCUAUCCCCUAUACUAUCCUUAAACAAGCAAAAGGCCUUGCUAUAAUUACUGUAGCAAAAGUCGGUAUGAUGGUUGCAUAUAAAGUUGGUACUGGGCUGGUUAUUGCUCGAAGAGCCGAUGGUUCAUGGUCACCCCCUUCAGCAAUCGCCACUUGUGGUAUUGGAUAUGGAGCUCAGGCUGGAGGUGAGCUAGCUGAUUUCAUUAUUGUGCUGAGGAACACAGAAGCUGUUAAAACUUUCAGUGGAAAGGCACAUUUGUCAGUCGGUGCUGGUGUAAGUGCUUCUGUUGGCCAUGUUGGACGAGUAGCUGAGGCUGAUUUUCGUGCCGGUGAUGGUGGUUAUGCUGCAUGUUACACAUACAGUUGUAGCAAAGGUGCUUUUGUGGGCUGUGCUCUCAAUGGUAGCUUAGUAUCAACCCGAGACACAGAAAAUGCCCGAUUUUAUGGUGGUCCAAUAAAGGCACCCGAUAUCCUUAUGGGAUCCAUGGCUAGACCACCCGCAGCCGCUGCGCUCUACAAGGUUCUGUCAGAAUUGUUUGACAAUCCUGAGAAGCAAUCGCUUUAGGUCUCUAGUAUGCGUUGCGUCUUCUGGUAAAUACAUUCUGGAACUCUCUGUCAAGUAAUUGGAUUGCGGUUUUGCGAUCUUUUCACUUAUUCGUUGGUUGCAGUUUACGCAAUUGUACAGUCUGCCAUUCAUUGACACGCCAAAGGUUUCACAUCAUGGUUACCACAAAACCAAAUGUAAAUACAUGUACAUUGGAUCCCUUCUUGCUUCAUCAAGAUAUAAAAGAAAAAAAAUAUAUACUAUUUUCCAUUCCC